AUGAGCGGCUUUCAACCAGUCCUCAUAGGCGACACCCUGAAAGACAAGUACCGGGUUGUUCACAAGCUUGGCUACGGGACAUUCUCCACAAUAUGGCUUGCAAACGACGAGCGAAUACGACAUUAUGCAGCAGUGAAGGUUGGCCGAGCUGACACAAGAAGUGACAAAGGCGACAUAUUGAAACCCCUGGCAUACUCCUCUAAUGGUUGCGAUCUAGGGCGUGCGAUGAUUCCAACCUUCCUGGGCCCAUUUAAGGUGGAUGGAUCAAAUGAAUCUCCAACAGACCCCCACAGGGUCUAG